GAGAGGAUGAGAAGUUCAAGUUAUGCCGUCUUGGGGGGUUGGGCGCUGUUCUGCGACGAACGGGUUCGUCGCCUGCAGUUCUCUUUUUUCUGGGUUACAGAGCUAAGCUUCAGCUCAUUUUUCAGACAACACUGGCAGGAAGGAAGUGGUCAGUUCACCUCUUUCUCUGAGCCCUCAGCCAUUUUGUCUUCCAACUUCUUUGUUGACCAUCCGCCCGGCGGGAGUCAUCUUUCCAAAUCUGCUAAGUGUACCAGAGGAGAAAGGAGAAGUGGGUCAACCCACUUGUUCUGAGUUUUUAUUCCCCCACAACGUAGUUUGGCUUUCAUCCACUUAGGACGCCUCAAAAAUGUGCUGUUUCUUUUGCGUAGACAAUCUGUCGUGGGGUCACUGCUCGUAAAUCCUGCAGGCUCUCAAGUUACUCUCUCGCCAGUGAACCCAGGGUGACUACUUAGCCUUAGGACUGAUAAGGCUUUAAGAGGGGAUGAACUCCCAAGAGAUGACUACGGAAUCUGGCACAGUCUCGAGGAACACCCGCUGAUAAGAGGUGGAGCCCGAGAGGCCAGAAGGAUUGACCAGAGAACUAAGAGGAAAACCAGGAGAGAACUGUAAGGAAAAAACAAAGAUGGAUCCAGAAAAAUAAACUCAAGUCUCCGCUCUCAACCCUCUGCCACGCCGCUGCGGCCCAGCACAGUGUUGAUUCAAGGCAUCGAAGAAUUUAAAGUGCUUAAGCGUGUGGGAUACAGAACCCCGAAGUAACAGAGAUUUCAUAGUCUUGACUAAGAAGCUGCCCCUAUGCCAAUGAAAGGACAUGUGGAAGGUCUAGCUGCUAGAUCAUCGUACUUCUUGGAUUGGGAUUUUGAUAUGCACUUUUUCCUGGAAAUGCAGAUUAAAAAAAUGAAGGAGAUGGUCCCUCCAUUAUAUGCCCAGCAAACGAAUGACGCAAAUGAUUCCUCGAGUACUUCGCCCAAGCAGCCCAAGAGCGAAAAAGGAAAGCAGCCCAAUGGGCAGGAAGCCCAGAGUCUUUGUUACCAAGGAAACGAGGCGGAGGGUGGCCGGGUGUCAGCCGUGACGUGUGGAAAGUGCGGAAGUGUUCAUCAGAUCCCGACGACGGACUCGAAGAAGCAAAACCAGCGAAGCCCAAGUGCCGACCAAAAGCUUUUCGUCUGUAACCAGUGCAGUCUACGCGUGCCUCCACCCUUCCAUUUCGUAUCCGAUACAGCGGGUGCCGUUGACGUGGGCAGUACGGAGAAAAGUAUCCCAAGGAAAAAUGAAAAUAAGUUUCAAGUGAGGAACUUCCAGCCGGGAAAAUACUACUGUGAUAAGUGUCGAUUUUCCACCAAGGACCCCCUGCAGUACAAAAAGCACAUGAUACAGCACGAAGAGAUUCAGUUCAUCUGUUCUCAUUGUAACCAUAUCUCCUACACAAAGGGAGAGUUCCAGAGGCACUUGGUAAAACACACAGGGACUUUUCCUUACAAGUGUGAAUACUGCAGCUACGGGGCUAUUAGAAACGAUUACAUCGUCAAGCAUACGAGACGGGUACACGAGACGGUUAACCACAAGCGGCAAAUAAAACCGAACGGCGGCCCGGCGCGGAAGAGGGCCGCCUGGCCGCCGGGAGACAAGGGGCUGCUCGGAGCUCAGAACGGCCCGAACACAAAAGGGCGGUUCAAUUCACCGUCAUCAGCGGGCCCGUUCCGGGAGGGCCAAGUAGGCGUGGGGGGUCGGGCCGACCCCAGGGAACCCGGCAAAGAGACCGCGGCCGUUCCCGAGAGGGUCGGCGUUCUAGACUCCACCGGAGAAACGCUGUUUGAGGAUAGAAACGUGGAGGUGGAAGUUGUUUCUCCAGUCAAAGAGCCGGUCCUUCCCGGCAUGCCGUUAACCGUGGUAGCUCCGGCCGAACUAGUAGUUCCAGCCAAUUGUUUAGCACAGUUGUUGGACAUUAAGACGGUCAACGGGACCCAACAACUCAUUCUGAAACUUAUUCCACUCAGAGAGAAGAAUCUCUUUAAGCCUGCCUGUGGUCCUGCCCCCGAAAGGUCAAACUUCCCUUCAUCUCAAGCAGUCAGCGAGCAGGGAAAGUCAGCCCCCGCUGCUCCGACCAAGCCACCGAGCCCUACGGGGAGGGUCCGAGAACCAGCCGACGGCGGCGACGGGAAACACAAGGGAUCGGAACGUCUCGGAUCUUCCUACCCUUGUCCGUCGGGUUGGAGCUCGGCAAACACUCAGGGCCGAGGCGAGCCCUGCCCCGGCCGUGAUCCCGGAGUGGCUUUGACCAGAGAGACGAUUUCAGAGUCGGGUAGGCCAGAUCGUUUUCCCGUUUCCUUGCUGCCCCUUGACGGGGACGGUAGCAGUGUCACUCCUAAACUCUCUAAAGGGAUAAAUGGAGAUUCCUGCCGCACGCAGAGAAAAGCGGCUGUUCUCCCGGUUCAUUCUGCUGCUUUCCAUCGGGAAGACGGGAAGAGGGCCGGGGAUCAGCCGACUCGGCCUGCGGAUGAAGGCCCGUCGACGGCCGCCGGUUCUCACCUCGGUGCGUCGCCAUCCGGCCAGGGUGGCUCAGGUUCCGGGACUGGGGCCGGCUCCCUCUGUAAGAUCCCGCCUUCUCAUCUGCCUCUGGAAACUUCGGUCGUGGGACGGGAUUCCCACCUUAGCGAACUUGCUCUCGCCCCCAACGGCUUGACUCCAGUAUCCAGUGACGUAUCUCAAACGCUCGAGACUACGCCCGGGGACUCUUUAGAACUGGACAUUUCCACGGGCCAUCCGAGGUCUCCCGAGGGCCCCGUCAUCUCGUCGGUGUUUUCGCUCAGCACCGGGGAGGAAAACGUCCCCGAAGGCAUAAAGUGGGGCGAUCCCACGCACAAAAGCAAGUCCGCGGCUCUUUUGUGCGAAAAGAUUGCCCGGCUGAUAUCCGCGAGCGAGUCGGCAGCCAGGCCUUCCUUCUGCCUCCCGGCGGCCAAGCAGCAGCACUCGGUUCCCGCGGAACUUCUGAAAGGCCGGUCGCUCGAAGGUCUGGACGUCCCAGGGCCGGGGACCGAUUCCCCGUCCCCUCCGGAAACGCAGAACGGCGGCGAAGCCGGCGAGCAGUUCGUUCACGUGGCGGUGGGUCCUCCCGGUGACGAGGGCGAUAGAAAAAUCAACUUCCGGGGAAUGAAGAAGGCUCAUAUCGCUACUCCGGUGUUUAUUCCCGAAGGAACGGUGCUGAGGGUCCUCAACUGCGGUGAAAAGGCCCACGAAGUCGAGAGCGAGUCCCAGGAACCCCUCAAGCCUUAUUGCAACGAGACGCUGCUCCCGAGGCCCGUUCCGCUCAGUGCUUUGGAGAAGCCCGGCCCGGACUUCCCGUCUCUGCUGGGGGACGUCGAAUCGACGGACAGGCCCAGGAACCUGAGAGCGUUUGCGAGGAGCAAGGCGGCGAGAGAGGCGACUCCCCACAGCCCCACCAGCAAACAGACCCCCACCCCGCCGCACCCACCGAAGGGUAGCAACCCAAACAAGCCCAGCAGACCGGCGGCUAAAGGGUCCCCAACUCCCCGAUGCAAGUCGAAGCCGGGGAACCAGUCGAGGAAGAAAGCCAAGGGCCAGCUUUCGGGCGAGCGACCGCACGUCGUGGUGGCCAGGCAGCUGCGCCUGGCGCCGGCUAAGGUGGGUCAGUUGAUUAAGUGCCCCCGCCGUAACCAGCCGGUCAUCGUGCUCAACCACCCGGACGUGGACCCUCCGGAAGUGAUCAACGUGAUGAAGAUCAUCAACAAGUACAAAGGCAACGUCCUCAAAGUGGUCCUGUCGGAAAGGACCAGCCACCAGCUGGGCAUCAGGCGGAACCACAGACGGCUCACCUGUCGGAACUUGGAGACGGCCAGUCCGGUGAAAAAGCAGAUCAUGCUGAAGAUGAAACUGAAAAAAAUCCACAAGAACAACUACCAGGUAGUGGAUUCCUUACCCGAAGGGUCAUUGCAGUGUAUGUUUAAGUGUUGGUUUUGCGGGAGGUUGUAUGAAGAUCAAGAAGAGUGGAUGAGCCAUGGACAACGCCACUUGAUAGAAGCCACCAGAGAUUGGGAUAUGCUUUCUCUUCCUCUGGAAGAUCCCAAGGGGAGAUGCACCACUUGAAAGAGGAAUCCUGAAUUCUAAAAGCUGCAUUUGUUAGUGUUUGGAAUUUAGAAUGGAAAAUGUUCAGCCCGUACCUUGGCCCUCUGGUACAAACAUCAUUUUUAAUGGAUUAUUUUACAGUUUCUCAUGUUAACAGGUGUGAUCUGGAGUUAUUCCAUCUUAAGUUUACCGGUAAAGUAAUAACUUUUGGGUGUGCAUCUAUGUGAUUAUACAUAUACAUACAGAAUUAUUUUUAAGGCACUACUUGUAAAGAAAGUACUGGGAGUCGCUGAUUUUUAAGGGCGACCCCUUUUAUAAGGAAAUCGGGUCAGAACUAUUUAAGUACGUUUUCUACUGUAGAGAUUACAUGACAUAUUUAAUUCUAGAAGUACAUUUUUGAUAAGUAUUUGUUAACCCCAGUUUUGAGAACAAUGAAAGCACAAUUUGCUGUGGCGGAGAUAUGCCGUAGAAGGACAAAAUCGUCUAGAAAUAGUUGCGCCGCAUUUCAUCGUGCGGUCUUUAAAGGGUUGAUGUGCGCAGUAUUUUUCAGUUGAUGCUUUGAGGAAUGGGAUUUUGGAAUCUCCUAUCAUGCCCCUCUGAGGCAAAAAGUUGCAAAUCUUAAAUGUACUCAGAGUAAGUAUACACCAUCCGUGGGUACCAUUUUAAAGCUACGACUACCGAGUUAUUGAGAGAGGUUGUUUAGUCACUGGGGUUGUCGUACACGCUCUAGACGUUUGGUACGUGCCUGGGCCUGAGAGGAGAGCAAACCGAUUUUUUUUUUUUUUGCGCGGGGAUAUACCGGGGAGAUGGGAAGUGGGGGGGGGGGGGCAAAAAUAUCAAAGGAUCAUGAUGUCCUUAACUGGCCGGAUGAUUCUAGACAUACACAACACCCGUUGCGAUUCCUGUGUUGGAGACAGUGGCAGCUGCUGAGAAUGUGAUCGUUGAUUGAAAUGUUCUUCUUUUAGCGUGGCCCUAUUGCCCGUUUAAUGAGAAGGAGUGGAACACUUAAAUAAAUAUACACUUAGCCUAGCCCCUCCCCUCCCUCCAAUAUUCUAUUUUGCUGAAGCCCUUCAGACACAAGAGGAAGGGGAAGGGUGCAGGUGAAGGCUCGCUAAUCCCAUAUGAGCUCCACAGUCUUGGGCUAUGUACUGUAUUCUCUUCUGGUCCCGUAGCCCUGAUUCCAGUGGUUUCCGGGCUGUUCGUGGGGGCUAAAGUGAGAGCGGUGUAACUUGGAAAGGACAGCGAAUGCUUGUGCUAUUGAAUCCGAUUCAAGUGCUGUUUCACUACAACAUGUAGAUAUUUCUCGUUGACUAGAUUUAGCAAGGGAACGUGGAUGUGUAUUCCCAUCUUAGAAAUGCUUUAUAGUUGGAUCGAACAUUCCAAUUCGAAGCGUCUGGAGACUCCCUUAGGGAAUGUCCAUGACUGUUUUUUUUACGUUGAUUCCAUGGUGUACUGCCACGGUCUGCCAUGGUUUCCUGUACUUGGAAAUAUUUAUAAACACAAAAUAGAGAAGUAACAAAUACCCAGAAUCUUCUCCUCCCCAUCCCUUUUUAUAUUUCCCAUCUCAGUUUACAGGGUUCGAUGAAAUACGUUUUACAGGUAGGGCUCAUUGUGCAUUCAAACUAAUUCCUUGAAAGGGGACUAGAAAAUUAUUUUUGCAGAUUUGUAUUUAAGUUAACUUCGUUUUUGGAACAGUCCAUAUAGAUGCUCUGUAUAAUGAUGACCAUUUAUGAAUUACUGUCUUAGAUGAGUAUUGAUUUGAAAAUAAUUGUACUAACACUAAACAACCUCGAUUGGUGAAGAACAUUAAAGAGAAUAGAAAAGAAGGUAUGUUAUUCACGCAUUAACUGUACACUCAAGUAUUUAUAUAGUUCAGUACUAUGCUUAGAAUAAACUAAACCUUGUUUUUAAGAGCUAUGUUACCAUUUUGUGUCUGCUAUUAUAAUUUCAAAAUAAACGUCUGUACAUAAUCUUGGAAGUGUCAAAGCUUUAAAUUGUAAAUUUUUGUUAAAUAAAACACUUGCAACUCC